CCAGAAGCGAUGUUACAAAACCAAACCAGGAGGCUCCGAAAGUUGACUGUUUUCAGACAAGUUUAGCAAGGAUACGCACUUACAACUUAUUCCAUUCGCGUAUUUGAACUAUCCUUCAUGAAUAUUUCACCGGUUUUCUUUUCAAUUGUUCCACCAGUGAUUUGAACAUUUGCCGCAGUCAUGUUUAAAGCUAUUGGACAAGCUCUUUUCUCCAGCGGACUACAAUACCCGGCAUUCACAACCCCCAAGGAGACGGACGUAAACGAGGAUACUGACUAUGAGAUCCGCACCUACGCGCCCACCAAGUGGGUCAGCACCACCCUGACUGGGACAAAUCUGGAUGAAGCCUUGGGGACCGGCUUCCGCAGGCUGUUCAAGUACAUACAAGGCAACAAUGUCAACAAGGUCCAGGUGGAGAUGACGGCCCCUGUGACAGGCCGCAUUGACCCCGGCACCGGCCCCACGUGUGAGUCCCACUUCACCGUGUCCUUCUUCAUCCCAGCGAAGCACCAGGACAACCCUCCGGAACCGAGCGACCCGGAUGUGUUUGUGGAGCACAGGAAGGAGUUCACAGCGUACGUCAGAACCUACGGGGGGUUCUCCAAUGAGAACCUGAAGCAGGAGGAGCUGCUGAAGCUGGUGGAGAGCCUGAAGAGGGACGGCGUUGAGUUUGUGGACAAGCCGUACUACGUGGCGGGUUACGACAGCCCCUUUAAACUCAUCAACCGCAGAAACGAGGUGUGGAUCCUCAAGCAAACAGUGGAAGUGUAAAUAUUCUUAGAAUCUAUUUUCAUCCUAGAGGUUGCGUUGUCGUUCAUUUGUGUAAUUCACGUAUAGCCACAAGGGGGCAGCGUUGUUCGCAGCUGUGUGCCUUCUCUUAUUUCAAUACUUUCAUUUUGGGCAUAAAUACUUCUAUAACUUGCUUUUAUACUGACAUUUAUACAUCAUAUUGUAUAACGAUGCUGCUUAAGGGCUAAUGAUUCAUAUAUAUAUAUAUAUAUAUAUAUAUAUAUAUAUAUAUAUAUAUAUAUAUAUGUAUGUAUGUCCUCUUCAAAUGAUUGAUUAUUACAAGUUUUUAUGGCAGCUUUUUUACAGCAGGGUUACACAAAAAGGUUUUAUUAUAACUGUAUGCUAAAUAAAUAUUUUGCGAGAACAGUUUGAGUCAAGAAUCAAUUUUGCAUAGAAUCAUGGCUCCAAGAAUCGAGUCAUUAGUUGUAAGAUUCCCAUCCAUAUUUUUAGGUCACAACCAUUCAAAAAAAUUUGCUAUACAGACAACAAUAUCAGAACACUUUCCUAAGCAACCUCUUUUUGGAAACCAUUUGUACAAUACAAUUUAUUUUAUAAUAUUUCACCGAUACAAUAAAUCAUUUGCAUAUGAAUAAAAAUUAUUAUUAUUUUAGUAUUAUUUGUAUCAUUAUAGAAUACGAACAUAUUUCAAUAAUGGCGGUAGCGUGAUGUCAUUUAAUUUUUUAAUGAAAUAAUUUAAGAAAAAUGCU